AUGGGACGCUUUCACUAUUUACUCGGUUUGCUGCUAUUAUUUAUUUGUUCAUUUAUCUGGCUUGCAUCGAGCCUGGGAAAACAACCACCAAGCAUUCUUAUUACUCAUGAAUCGUGCGUCUGCAGCGAAGACAAUGUUACCGUCGCCUCAGAUGUCGGUAUCAUACCCUCAAAUCGACCGGAACUUCCCAUUAAAGAGACGAAACCAAAAUCAGAACCCAAAAUACCAAGCUACCUCCCAAUCGCAAAUUCUCAUGGUCAUCACGCCCAGCCAUCAAUCCCAUUCAAGCUCUGGCAAAAGGCCGGUUCAAUGAAAAUCAACGACGACCGCCAGAGAGACAUCCGUAGUUGGCUGGAUGUGAACCCACGUCUACGACAUGAGAUUCUCACAGACGACAGUGCAGACGAGUACGCUCGUGAGCAUUUUGCCGACUACCCAGAGAUCCUUGACCUUUAUCUCUCACUCCCGGUCCCGAUCCUAAAAGCGGAUCUCCUUCGUCAAUUGAUCUUGUACGUCGACGGGGGAAUUUGGAGCGAUCUUGACGUGACAUGCCACCGACCAAUUCAUACCUGGAUCCCGGAACAAUUUCAGAACAGAACGAAUGUCGUCGUCGGUUUGGAAUUCGAUGGGUUCCAGUUCUCGAGUUGGACGAUCAUGGCAAAACCUAAGACAAGCCACAUCGUGGCGGUCAUCAAACAUGUCAUCAAUAAACUGAAGGCAUCUGCUGCACAGCACGGUGUGACUACUACCCAACUUAACAUGACGAUGAUCAGCGACGUGGUGGAAGUUACGGGUCCACAGGCGAUGACCGUUGCCAUCUUGCAGAACCUGGAAAAAGAAAUGGGCGUUCCUUUCGGCCGAGCGAAUAUAACCGGUAUUAAAGAACCCACCAUUUUUCAGGACGUGCUCGUGCUGCCCAAUGCGGCCUUUGCCUCUAGACAGGGUGGCUUCCCGGAGGACAGAGGGCCUUAUCUUGUUGAACACCAUUACGCUGGCUCUUGGAAGAAUGUCAAUGGCGGCGAGACAAAAUCGUGA